AUGUCAUUAUGGAGUUGUGGAGAAGAAAUUGGUAGUGGAGUAGUUGGUGGUAAUCAACAACAACAACAACAGAAACAGAUAGUACCAAUAGCAGCAUUACAACAUGACAAGGAAUCAUUAGGACGGGUUUAUAAAUCGAUCACAUGUUCAUCGACAGCUUCGUUUCUAGUUGAUAAUCGUGGCUUGGUCUAUGCAAUGGGCAGUGGGUUCUUGGGUGUCAAGUCAUCAAGCAGUCAGGUGACAGUCCCCAAACAACUUUCAUUGUUCACGGGCGAGUCGGCAGAGACUAGUUGCCGGGCCGUCUUUUCAAACACGCAUCGUGACAAGAACUUUACAUUCUUUUUGGCCGAUAAUGGUGCACUAUACUCGCUGGGUAAUUCAUCCGACUUUCGUACUGGUGUUGGCACAGAGAUUGACUUGGAGAGUAUUCGUAUGAUGGGUGGCUUUGACUCGGGUGUUGAAAUGGUCGCUGUUGGUGUGUCGCAUGGUAUUGCCAUCACAUCGACCUUUUCAUUCUACGUUUGGGGUCGUCCCCUCGGUUUUGGAGGUCAAGUCUAUCCUACUCCCACCAAAGUUGAUUUGGUCGGGUGUCCCAAUCAUCAACAAGAUCCAGUUGUCCAGAUGGUCGCCGGUGAAGGAUACACCCUACUCCUUACCAAAGACGGUAAAUUGUUUGGGUUUGGAGACUAUGCAUCCACUUGUUUGGGUCCCAACAAGGCCACCAACGAAACCGACAAUGAAAAGAUUGAUUCAAAAAAGAUCGAACUGGUCGAGUUGGAUUGGGGAUUUGGUCCGUUGAAACAAGUUGCCUGUGGCUACAACCAUGCGUUGGCAUUGACAGCCGAUGGACGUGUCUUGUCAUGGGGUAGCAACAAGAAUGGAGCGUUGGGAAUCAACCAAUCACAAUAUGAUUACAUGCAAGUCACACCAACCUAUAUCAACAACCUACCAAAAGUAAUCUACCUUCAUGCCAAUCAUUUCCAAUCAUUUGUAAUUACUGUUAAUGGUGAUGUUUAUAGUUGGGGUUAUAAUGUCAAGGGAAGUUUAGGAACAAAGUUUGUAAUGAAUUAUGUGGAACCUGAAAGAGUAUAUCAAUUGUCACCAAGUGAAACAAAUGGACUAAAGAUUAAUCAGAUAGCAAAUGACGAGGGUAGAAUACCUACACCGCAAGGAACGAUCGAGAUACAUGGUGAUAAGUCAAAGGCAUAUCCAGACCUACCGGACAGUUUUGUAAAUAGUAGUAGUGAUGCCGAACAAGUUGCAUCGGCACAAUUAUGGAGUUCAGGAUCGAUCUUUGCCACUGACAAUGAGCCCGAUGAUAGAAUGACCGUUUUCCGUCCGACCAAGAGCACACAAGGCAAGGGUAGACCAAGUUGUAUGGCUGUUGGAAAUAGAUGCAGUUAUGUGUCGUUCCAAGACGGAUCUAUUUUCGAUUGGGGCAGUGGGUUUGCACUGGGACACGGUGUAGAUGGCGCAUGUAGAGAACCAUCGCGCAUAUACGAUUUGGAUCACGUCAAGGUUGUUCAAAUUGUGGCUUCACCAGAGGAAGAUGUUUGCGUUGUCCUCACAGAGAAUGGAAAGGUGUAUGGAUGGGGAAGAGCAACCAACCAUCUCAACGGAACGGGCUCAGAGAGCGACGUGCACCAUCCUCGUCUACUCGAAGGGUUCAGAUCGCAGGUUGUCAAGGUGUCCAUGUCGCAGACACAUUGUCUGGCCGUCGAUGACGGUGGCAAUAUCUAUGCGUGGGGAUCGGGUAAAGCACUAGGCAACCGUAACCGUUCGUCGUCGGAAAAGGGGCCCAAAAAGAUACAGGACCAGACCUUUUUCGCCAUCGAUGUUGCCGCGGACAUCCAGGCACACGAGAACUUUAUGAAGGGUCUGACCGACGAGGUCAAGUUUUGGACAUUGGUCGACAGUGACAAGGACAUUGACACGUGGUGCGGCCGUGUCAACGAGGUGAAAGACUUUUUGAACCGACCCGAGUCGUACCACUACUCACCCAACGUCGCGCAGUCGAUUCAACACUCGCAAAAGAACAUCCCGGGUGGCGAGCGUGUCAUCAAGGGUUGGGUCAUGUACAGCAUCAAUUUUAAAGACUAUGAAAGCGACCGUAUCGUACUUGUCACGACUGAAGCUAUCCAUCGUGUCAAAUACGACUGGGUCAACCUGGCCGUCAUCCACGACAAAAAGUUCCCCCUUUCUUCCAUCUACAAGGUCAAAGUGGGUCGGUUCACCGACUGGAAGAGCUCCAUCUCUUCGUCACUCCGUUCAAAGGUCUAUGACCAACAAGUAGGCAUUCAGAUUUGGUUUGAAAAUCCCGCCACCUACAAACCACCCUCAUUUAUCCAACCAUUUGCCAAAAACAACAACGUCCCCUACAUUACACUGCGUCCAGCACUCAGCCUCAACUCGACCAACAUUGAAGAGCAGCUCAACAUUUGCUACGAGAUUGGUACGGCCAUUCAAUGUGCUGUUCACAGCCAGCGCAAUGCCAACCGUCCCAUCGAACUACUCCACAAGUUUUCCAGAGAGUCACCCGCCAACAACAAGGAUCUUGCAGCAUUCCCAGUACGUAAAGCCGAUAUUCAAAGAUACCAUGGUAAUGGAUUGUUAUCGUUUGCUCACAACAAAUACUUAAAGAAAACUCAAAAAGGAUUUAUAGAUCCUAGAGUAGUUGAAUCAGUGGAUGAUGGUGAUGAUGAUGGAAUGGUCUCUUUAUCUUUUUAA